UCAUCUGCUGCACUCUUGUAUUUUUUGAAGGAUAUAAAGCGAUACACUUUGCGUGAUCGUGUGAACCUUCCAGGUGAUCGUGUGAACCUUCCAGGUGAUCGUGUGAACCUUCCAGGUGAUCGUGUUGGAUAAUGGAAUCUCUUCGUGAGGUCAAACCUGCCAUGCCGCCCCCACAGUCACCAGGAAUCGUCCUCAAACGAUUGACAGAUGUCACUAUGCAGCAGCAUCACACCAAGGAACAGCAACACGCGACGGAGAUCAGUGUCAAGAAACAACGACUGUCAGAGGAGAGUGAUGAAGCUAACCAGAAAUUAAUGGCUUCUAUAAUCAACUCAGAUAACUUAAAGACUUCGUCUGACCCGGUUGUCAUUUGGAAGGACUUCAGUGAUCAGAGUAAAAAUGAGCUUGAAACCUCCAUUGAGGAAUGUAUGAGUCAUUUGUGUCAGCUGCACGAAGAGGAAAAAACUGUCAUGGCUCGCAUUCAAGAACUGUACACAAUUGCCCAGGAUAUGAACACCACUUUUCACCAACAGUUGGACAGUCUCCACAACACCGUGGUGGAUGUAGUAUCAUCUUUCAAAACCUAGUAACAAGAUUCAGAAUCUAUGGGUAGAUUCUUUCAAAGAAUGCUAUUCUUUGAUAUUUCUUUUGAUAGCUUCAAAAACUGUUAUUCUUUGAUCUUUCAUUUCUUAAUGGCUACAUACAAAUUGAUUAAAGCAUGGAGAAAUAUUUGUUAAUGGCAUAAAUUACCUAGUUGAUUUAUCUUAUUUUUUCGAAAUUGUUUAUUUGAUAAGUUUGAACCAAAUUCUUCAAAGGUGGGGUCUGGAGCUCCUUGUUGACCAUCAUUUUACAAUAACCCUCUUCAUUUUCCCCUCGCGGUUUACGUAUAAUGGAAUGAAAUCCUUGAGUAAUAGGUGUAACUCACCAAAUUAACACUCCCGGGGAGCAAAUAGACUAGCACUAGGAACCAGCAGAAAAAAACAGUAGACCGCGUAAAAAGCAGAUAAUCACUUCGCACACAUCUUCGCAUCUCUUUCCUCAGUGGAUCUCCCUGAAGAGCCCAGCCAUCGUUUUACCUUGCAUUUUGAUAAAGCAUUCACUAAAAUUUGUAAUCAUGAGGCAAAAAGCGUUUGGAUCCAUGUUACAUACCAAUGAAUAAUUACUGGUGAAUAGAAGAAAUAUAAAUGACUUAUUAACACACGACAAUUGAAUAUUCAGUAAAAACAACAUUACUGGAUGGCUGAUGUGAGCAUAAACUAAUACUGACUAUUAUCAAUGCAAAAUGUGAUUUUUCUGAAAGGGUAUAAUAUAAAUAGAUAUGCCUAUUGGCUUAUUUGGUGGGUUAAAGUAGAAUAUACAUUGUCUUGGAACACAGUCGCCAUACGUGUACAUAUUCUAAGGUCAUAUGUUAAUUGAUAUUCUUAGUAAAUUCUUUACCAAUAUGAAAAAAGUAUUUAUGAGCUAUGAAUACUCCAGACAAGCUUCCCAACAGCUGACCAUGACGUCUUGAUCUCAUAUUGUUUAUAUCUAGAUGGAAGAUACUUAAAUUGUAUAUAAUUUCAGUCAUUAUUCUGCUGCAUAUACAUUUGAUAAUUAUGGAGAAACUAUUUUACAUAAAAUGAAUGUAAAUAUGCAUAGGUGUAUUACGUAACAGUAUGGUAUGUUUUAAAUUGUUUCAUGCAAAUCUUUAUUUACAAUUGCAUAUUGAUACUUGUUCAGUAUAAAAUAGUGUUUCUCUAAUUAUUUGUACAAAUUGCAAUAAUAAACAUAGGCUAAUAUUGCAACCUUUUUUAAAUUGUAUUUAUUUUGUCUAAUUUCCAAAAAUUUGUAUGAUACAAUACAAUAAUAUAAAACGUA